UUUUUUUGUCCUUAAUAAUCACAAUUGCUUUUUAAUAGUUUUCUCUUAUCUUACUGAUAAAGAUAAGACUCAAACUCCACAAACAGUGAAUGUCCCUUCACAGGAUUUAAAAAAAAAAUACAAUUUCUACAAAAAUAGUUUUGGAUAUGUCUUUCAUUAUCCAACUUAAUUUGAGGUAAAACUUUAGUAAAUACAACAAUAAUUAUUUAAACGGAUCAUAAAAAAGUUGUUGUUUAUUAUGAAUACAUCAGACUAUGAAAUAGCUUGAUAUAAAAAAAAUAUUGCCUCGAGUGAUCAAUGGAGAGAAGAGCUCCAAAUUCAUAAAUGAUAAUUAAGAAUUCAUUUCAUGUUCAUGUGAUAAGAAGCUGAGGAAAAGUGCCAUAUUUGACUCAAUUUACUUAAUUAAUUCUCGAAUUAAACAAAGUCUUGUAAAACAACCUGAAUUUUUCAUUCAAAUGCGUGUUUAACGCUCAAGAAAUCACUUCAACGAUUUUUUGGUAUUUUUUGAAAAUGAUCAAUUGUCUGACAAAAAAGCAAAAAUAAUAUUUUCGAUCCAAAUCGGCAAUUUUUUGGUAAAUCUUUAUAUAAAAUAUUGUAGCAACGUUUUCUUUGUACACCAUAAAAUUUUACAACAGAUAUUGGUGUUUAAGAUAAGCAACCCUCACAAUAAGAUGUUUUGACUGAUGUUUUGACUGAUGUUUUGCCUGAGUGAUUAGCUUGAAGGAUCCUUACGGUUUGGGGUAAUCACAAUAAAAAUUUAAUGGUGUACAAAGAAAUCGUUCUACAAUUUUUACGUUUUUCGAUGAAAUACUUUCCGAAUUAUAACGUUGAAAUUUUCUUUUCACUAAAAAUAUGCCGAAAACGACAAAAUAAUACCGUUUUUGACACGUUUCGGUGAUUUUUGGAUACCUUUUGACAAUUUUUUUUAAUAUUUGCGUUUUUGGGUGUUAUACUACUACAAUGUACAAAUGAUAAAGUAAAAUCAUAUCAUAUCAUUUAUUGAUUUUUGAGACAAGUUUAGCAAAAUCUUGGAAAAACUAUUUUUAUCUCAAUAAUAUUGUGAUUAAAAACGUUCAAAAAAUGCGAAAACUGUUCCAUUUAUGAACAUAUUUUACAUUGUUUGGUAAAUUUUGGACGAAAAAUGAGGUACAAUCUAGCAAAAUAUUGUACUGUUUAAUCCAGUUUCGUAAGUUUUCAGAUGAUUUAUUCUAACUUUUCGGCUUGUUUUCGAUGAAAUUAUUCAAAAUUCUCGUGCUUCUGGUUAAACAACACGUUAAAACGGUUGUGUAAAGGAAAAUAUAUUGAAUUUUUUUACUAAUUUUGAUACAAUUCGCCGAAUUUUGGUUUAUUUUUGUCAAAAAUUUUUUUUGCGCUUUUGAUCCGAAUAUAAUACAACGAAUUUUUUUUCGACUUUUGUGAUUUUUCAAACUUAACCGAAAACAUAGUUUUUCGCUCAACGAUGUGGUUUAAGGCCCGAAAAAGACAUAAAUAAUACAGUUUUGAACACGUUUCGGUAAUUUUUUGGUAUUUUUGACAAAAUUUUUCUGAAUAAUUGCAUUUUUGGGCGAAAAACGUGUUAUACUAUAACACACAAAUAGUAAAAUCACACCAUUUUCGAUUUAAUUUAUUAAUUUUUUAUCAAAAUUAAGGUUUUAAUCUCAAUAACAUUGAGGUUAAACGACCAAAAAAUGCAAAAAUUGCUCCAUUUUUGAAUGAAAGCGUUCCUAACUAAAAACAGGCAGUUUGUUGAUUAUUCAGAUAAUUUUUGUAAAAAAAACAAAACUAUAAACGUUAUUUUGACCUUUCGGCUUGUUUUGAACGAAAUUAUUCAAAAUACUUAACACUUCUGGUUAAACAACACGUUAAAACGGUUGUGUAAAGGAAAAAAUAUUGAAGUUUUUUACUAAAUUUAGUGACUUUUCCGUCCAUUUACCGAAAACUUACAUAAAAAAUUAUAAAGCAAAAGUGACACUAUUUUUUAUACAAUUCACCGAAUUUUGGUUUAUUUUUUCAAAAUUUUCCAAAAUAUUUGCGUUUUCGAUCCGAAUAUAGUACAACCAAUUUUUUUUCGACUUUUAUGAUUUUUAAAACUUAACCGAAAACUGAGUUUUUCGCUCAACAAUGUGGUUUAGGCCCCGAAAAAGACAUAAAUAAUACAGCUUUGGACAUAUUUCGGUGAUUUUUUGGUAUUUUUGACGGAAUUUUUCUGAAUAAUUGCAUUUUUUGGCGAAAAACGUGUUAUACUAUAACGCACAAAUAGUAAAAUCACACCGUUUUCAAUUUAAUUUAUUAAUUUUAAUCCAAAUUUAGGUUUUAAUAUCAAUAAUAUCGUAGCUAAUGCUCAAAAAAUGCAAAGAUUGCUCAAUUUUUGAAAUAGAUUUUUCCGAAAAUUGCACUAAACAGCGUUUCUAACUGAAAAUGAAGUAAAAACAGACAGUUUAGUGACUUUUCAGAUAAUUUUUGUAAAAAAAAAACAAAUCUAUAAACGUUAUUUUGACCUUUCGGUUUGUUUUGAACGAAAUUGUUCAAAAUAAUUGCCAUUCUGGUUAAACAACAUGGUAAAACGGUCGUUUUUACUAAAUUUAGUAAAUUGUCCUUCCAUUUUAACAAAUGUUCGCAUAAAAUAAAUAAAUAAAUAAAUAUACACUAUCGGACAAAAGUAAGGCAACAUUUUGAAAAAUAUAGAAAUUAAUGUCUAUCUAAUGUAAAUAAAUUAUGAUCGGGCAAACUAUGGUAUUAUUAAAAGAAUCAAAGGAAGCUACUGUCAUUAAUGUCAAGUAAUUAUUUAUUAAGGUUGAAAAAAACCGCUUUGUUGACUUGUAGUGUAAAAAAGGAUUAUUUUAAGACGACAAAAGCCAAUAUUAACAGUUCGUCUUGUGCAACAAGAGCCAUGCCAACGGGUACACCAAUUGGUAAAGAGUUGAAAGAAAGAGUGAUAGAUGCUUUCUUAAACAAUAAAAAACAAGCGGAUAUUGCAAGAAGAUUUCAACUGCCUAGAUACAGCGUGUCUAAAAUAAUUAUUCGCUACAACGAAAGAGGACAUUUAAACAAUAAUCCAAAAUCGGGAAGACCACGAAAAACCACUAUAAACAUGGACAGACGCAUUAAAAGAAUUUCGGAAAACGAUCCAUGGAAAUCUGCAUCUAAAAUUAUAGCGGAAAUACCGGAAGUAGGAGUUAGUACACGAACAAUUCAAAGAAGACUGGUUGCAGCAAAGCUUUUUAGUAGACGUCCUGCUAAAAAACCUUUGAUUUCCGAAAGAAAUAGACGCGCCAGACUUCAAUUUGCAAGAGAACAUUUGAAUUGGACAGUGCAAGAUUGGAGGAAAGUUCUGUUUAAUGACGAAACUCGAUACAAAUUAUUUAAUUCGGAUGGAAUGAAACGUGUGAGACGGCCAAUUAAUACACGAUUCAACCCCAAGUAUGUUACACCCACUGUUAAACAUGGUCAUGGUAGCGUUUUUCUGUGGGGGUGUUUUUCGUGGAAUGGUGUGGGUCCGUUGAGUUUUAUUGAGGGUAAUAUGGAUCGGUUCAUCUAUAGGGACAUACUCCAAGAUGUAAUGCUGCCGUAUGCAGAAUGGGAAAUGCCUCUUCGUUUUAUCUUUCAGCAAGAUAACGACCCCAAACACACUUCUGCAUUGGUCAGUGAGUGGUUCCAAAAUAACAAUAUUCAUGUUUUGCAAUGGCCUGCCCAAUCACCAGACCUCAACCCAAUUGAGAACUUAUGGGAAGAGGUAGAGCGACGAAUCCGGAUACAAAGAUUUCCCAACAAGCAAUCUUUGAUAGAUAAAAUCAAGGAAGUGUGGUCAAAUCUGGAUGAAAAUGUUAUUCAAAAAUUAAUUUCUUCAAUGCCCAGACGGUGCCAAAAAAUUAUACUUAAUAACGGCUAUGCCAUAAAUUAUUGAAUUUUUCGUUCUAUUUAUUUAAACUUAGGUGUUGGGUAGUGUUAUGUAAAUGUUGAAUCAAAUAAAAUUUGAGUUGAAAAUAUUUUCUGACAAUGUUGCCUUACUUUUGUCGCAUUAAUAUCGGGCAUUUUUAUAUUUCAAGCUAGUAGUAUGUCAUAAUAAUUACCUAUAGGCUAUCCAUUUUCAACACGAAUAAGAAUAUCUUUAAACAUUUAUUAUAAAAUUAAAUUGAAGGUAAAUACCAACUCUUAAAAUUUAAAAUACCAAUAUUUGUAUAUUUUUCAACAUGUUGCCUUACUUUUGUCCGAUAGUGUAUAUAUUUUUAAUUAAAUUUACGUUUCUGAUUUCUGUCUGAACAAUAUUCUAAUAAAAUGAAGAAAUAAUUAAAUUGUUUACCUAAUCUAGCAAAAUCUAACAAAAUUUCGACAAAAAAAUGAGUUUAUUUAUUUGGCUCUAAUAACGACGACGAUUCCAAAAACUUUAAAUUAUUUUCAGCUUUUAUGUUUUUCCAUGGCCAAGCAUUAAAUAUCAAGAGUUUUCGAAAAUACAGCCACCUAUGACUUGCAUUAAAAAUAUAGUAUUUGUAUUAUUACACCUAAACAAAUCCUUUUCUCUAAUAUUAUAUUUUUACAUAAAAAAGUGUUUUUGUUUCAAAAAUGUAUCUUUUACAACAAGUAUUAUACUUCUCUGAAAUGUCAACUUUUGUUUAUAAGUCGUAAACAAAAUACUACAGCAGAUUGCGGUUUUAUGUAAAAUUAUUUUCUCAAAAAACGAGUUCCAGAAUAAAACCUCUCUUAGUUUCGGAGAUUCAAUUUUGCUGUCGAACGUCAAAUAUUCGAUCUUUUAUACCGAAUAAAAUAAUCAACGUUAUUUAAUCAAGACAAAAAGGCAUUCACUUUGACCUCAAAUAUUUUAACUCAGAUAUUCUACCUAAAAAUUCCGACAAGCACUUAAAAUAAUUUAACUAAAACCAGCGCUUCUAAAAAAAUUUUUAAAUUUAAUUAUACUCAAUAAAUCAUCAAAUAUAUUGCUAACGCAUAUUUGUUUUUCCAAAUAUUUCUGCAGAAA